AUGGGGGUUGUGGCCCCUGCUGUAGCUGUAGGUGUAUCCAUCAUGGUCCUGGCCCUUGGGUUCUGUGAUGGGGUAAGCAGGACUGCUGGACCUGGUGGAUAUAUUUGUAUCAUGGCCAGGCCUAAUGCAAUGGCAUUGCUGCAUCCUUCUGUAAAUGGCAGUUGGACAGUGGUCCUGGUACUGGUGAUGACUAAAACUGGCAUUGCAUUGUUGUAUGAUGAAGUAUCCGAAAAUGCUUAUGACAUCCGACUGAAGCUUAUGAAAGAGGUAUUAACAAUUCAAAAACAAGAUGUCGUCUGUGUUAGUGGAAGUGAUCACAGUACAAAUCACAGAACUGUUACACUUCAUAGACAACCAGUUGGUGGCUUGGGCUUAAGCAUAAAGGGUGGUGCUGAGCACAAAGUGCCUGUCGUCAUAUCAAAAAUAUUUAAAGACCAAGCAGCUGACCAAACAGGAAUGUUAUUUAUAGGAGAUGCAAUAAUACAGGUUAAUGGUAUAAAUGUAGAAAGUGCUACCCAUGAAGAAGUGGUACACCUAUUGAGAAAUGCUGGCGAUGAAGUUACCAUCACUGUUCAGUACCUCAGGGAAGCUCCAUCAUUUUUAAAGCUCCCAUUAGGUUCCCCUGGACCAUCCAGUGAUCACAGCAGUGGAGCUUCAUCACCUCUCUUUGACAGUGGCUUACAUUUAAAUGGAAACUCAACUAACACUGCUCCAUCAUCACCUUCUUCACCCAUAGCUAAUGAACCAAAAUAUGAGAAGCGCUGGCUAGACACCUUAUCAGUUCCUCUGUCAAUGGCUCGAAUCUCAAGGUACAAAGCUGGAACAGAUAAAUUAAGAUCUAAUGCAUUUGAAGUGCUGGCACUCGAUGGAGUUAGUACUGGGAUACUUCAGUUUUAUACAGCCCAGGAGAGUGCUGACUGGCUGAGAGCGAUGUCAACUAACAUCAGUGAUUUGACACUACAAAAUAUGAAAAUGGCAAAUAAAUGCUGUUCGCCCUCAGACCAGGUCAUACAUAUGGGAUGGGUAAAUGAGAGACUUGAAGGAAUUGAUUCAUCUCAACUCUACAAAUUUAAGUUUCUAGCACUGAAGGGUUCAUCCUUCUAUAUUUUCAGCACUCCACCGGUAAGCACACUAGACUGGGUACGAGCUGAAAAAAUCUAUAACCUCUGUGAGGUUCUAUUUAAAAUUCACAAGCUCUGGCUUGCUGACGAUUGCUGGCUACAAGCAAACUUGUAUUUAGGUAUUCAUCAGGACUUUGAUCUUGAAGACCAGAGGCCGUAUUGCUUCAGUGUUACGGUUGGACAUGGCAAGAGUCAUUAUUUCAAUGUAGAGCUGGGCAGCGAAUUGGCAGUGUGGGAGAAAUCAUUUCAAAGAGCGAUUUUCUUGGAAGUUCAAAGAACAGGGUCUAAAACAUAUAUGUGCAGUUGGCAAGGGGAUAGCCUGUGUUUCACAGUAGACUUUGCUCUGGGAUUUACCUGUUUUGACAGUAAAACAAAGAAUGUGCUGUGGAGGUUUAAAUUCUCUCAGCUAAAAGGGUCUUCAGAUGAUGGGAAAACAAAAGUAAAGCUGCUGUUUCAGAAUCUAGACACCAAACAAAUUGAGACAAAGGAGCUUGAAUUUCAGGAUCUGACAGCAGUUUUACACUGUAUUCACUCCUUUAUAGCAGCAAAAGUGGCAUCUGUGGAUCCAGUGUUUAUAGACAGUCAGAGUAUUGCAAGAAAAUAUAUGUACACUAACUGAUAUUAGAUUAUAUGUUGUGACUAUGGAAAAUAAAUUAUUUUCUUAAAGAAAGUAGUUAUUUCAUUCGCAACGUUUCAACUGCGUGAUUUUAUAAGAAGUCUGUAGUUGUUUUAGCUGUAACAUUAAGAGUUUCCACAAUCCGUUAAACAUUUUGAAUCUAUGAGAUAACAAAUAUUAAGUCAAACUGAAUCAGUUUGUCAUCUUCAGCAUUAAUCUAAAAUUCUAAAUGAAUAUUCAUUCAAUAUUUUUUGUGGUGUCAUUUUGAUUUCUGCUGCCAUGGUCAUACAUACUCCCCCUUAUUAGGUAGAAAUAUGGAAUGCCAUUUGAAAAGUGUGUGUCCAAAAUUUGGCCUCUAAGUCUGUUUUCAAAAGUGCUGGGCACACAGACAAUUUCUACUAGCCUUCCCUGUAGAAAAGAACUAAUUAUUGAAGACAACUGCCAUAGGAAUUUUUAUCUUGCUUCUAUAUGUUUGAAAAGUUAUAGCUCCACAGUCAAGUUCUUUUGAGGCCUGGGAGUUUAGCUCUGAGAAAACAAUAAGUGCUCUAUUUCAGACUGAGGAAAAGACUUAAGCACCCACAUGGCUCUAAGCAUAUUAAGUAGGCCUAGUGAAGCACAAGCUGAUGUUAAGUAUGAAUUUAAAUAUCAUGGUAGAUCCACUGAAAAGCUUUAGACUCUGCUAAAAAGCCUCCUCUCAGUUUUAGAUAACUUGCCUUAGGGUUUUCUUAUCUAUUAAUAAAGCUUCCAUGAGACAUUAAUUUGUUCAUUCAUAGAUUGCCUUGAUGCUAUCCUUUGCUGUGAUGCUCUGUAUGGUUGAGAACAGAUUCUCUAGUAACUGCUGUUUGCAGAAGGAUACUUCCAGUAUAGGGUGAACAUAACAAAACAUAAAGAUUUUUCUGGGCCAUCUGCCUUUUUUUUUUUUCCCUUCAGGUCUUACUCUGACUUAUACACAAAUGAAGUGGGUUUUGCUGUUGCUAAGGAAAUAAUAUGGUUGUACUUUUAACAUAUUCCUAACCUUCCUUCUGAAAUCAUCUUAUAUGCACAGAUAAUACUUCUUGUUAUUGAAAAUUUAUAUAAAAAGAAGGCAUUUUAAUCUUAGGGCACUUCCCUUGUAAGUAAUACCAAAUAUUGCAGGUUUCUAUGAUAGAAGUCUUAGUUGUUCCCAAGUACAGUUUGAGGUAGCAUCAGGCAAUUAGUUUUUUUGUUCAAGAAAAUAAAACAAUCAGAAACUCGAGCAAGGAGAAUAUCCUAAAUA